AUGAGCUCAGUCUCAGUAUUAUCGACAACUACCCUCCGGGUAGCUGCACGCCCUCACACUUACAUACCUCUCAUUGCGAAAAGCUAUUCGGGAGUGACUAUCGCCAGACUCCAUACUUCACAUGGUAUCAACUACCACGCGGUAUCAGGUGUCUACACUCCCAAACAUGGAAUCUCAUCCACCCCACAUCAUCAAAUCAAGGAAUUCUUCCCACCUCCUCAGGCUGAAGGCGUAAAGCAAGUAGAAACUGCAUGGGCACAUCCAGUGUACACUGAUGCUCAAAUGAAAGAUGUCGCCAUUGCACAUCGAAAAGCCACCGAUUGGUCAGACUGGGUUGCUCUAGGAAUGGUUCGUGUCUUUCGAUAUGGCAUGGACUUGACAACUGGAUACAAGCACCCUGCUCCGGGUGAACAGUUACCGGCUCGGUUCAAGAUGACAGAGAAGAAAUGGAUGAGUCGGUUUGUCUUUCUGGAGACAGUGGCGGGUGUUCCUGGCAUGGUUGGUGGUAUGCUUCGUCAUCUACGCAGUCUCCGUCGUAUGAAGCGAGAUAACGGCUGGAUUGAAACCCUCCUCGAGGAAGCAUACAACGAGCGCAUGCACCUCCUCACCUUCCUCAAACUAGCCGAACCCGGCUGGUUCAUGCGACUGAUGGUCCUCGGCGCCCAAGGCGUCUUCUUCAACGGUUUCUUCAUCUCCUACCUCAUUUCCCCGCGCAUCUGCCAUAGAUUUGUCGGCUACCUGGAAGAAGAGGCUGUCAUCACAUACACCCGUGCAAUUGAGGAGCUGGAUGCGGGCAAGUUGCCAGAAUGGAAGACGCUUGAAGCGCCCCAGAUUGCAAUUAACUACUGGAAGAUGCCCGAGGGCCAGCGUACCAUGCGGAAUCUUCUUAUGUACAUCCGUGCUGAUGAAGCUAAACAUCGGGAGGUCAACCACACACUUGGAAACUUGAUCCAGGCUAGCGAUCCCAACCCUUACCAGAGUAAGUACCGGGAUCCCAGCCGAGAGCAUCCGAGUAAGGGGAUUGAGCAUCUGAAGGGAACUGGAUGGGAACGAGCGGAUAUCUUCAAGUCUUGA